CCUAGGACCGGGCUUGUCGGCAAUACCCGGAUGGAAGGGUUAUGGCCGCCAUCGGGGACUCGCCCGCCAUGGAGCUCACGCCAGAUAUCAUCUCUUCUUUUGAUCAGUGUUCCUGAUUGUGGCUUUUUUUCAAGCGUUGUAUUGUGCCUUUUGUUCCCUGAAGAAGAGGGGUGCUAAAGAUUGAAGUGCUGGAAUAUAGUCUUUCGUUAAAUAUGACUUGGGGACAGAAGAGGAGUGAGGAAGGAAAAGUUUUCAGACACUGUCCAGUUCAGCCCUAAACCAAAUAUAUAAUUAAAGUAUGAACAUGGUAAGUUAAAAUGAGGAAAAUUCUGGAAUUUUGAAGAUGUCUCAGCACAGUAUCCUAGUUUUCUGCAUAAAUUAUAAAUAACUUCAAGAAUUUGCUGAAUAGAGGACACCAGCAUCAGUUUUUCAAAUCAUGCCAUCUGAACAGAAACAUUUUUUUUGUGAUGAAAAACCAACUACUUUAGACAAAGAUUAUGAUGUGGAAGAUAUAAUAGUUAUUGAUGCUGUAGAGUCAGAAGAACCAAAAAUUUUAGAAGAUAAUUUUCCUUAUGAACUGAAAAAUGUGAAAGUUGAUUUGCCCAAGAUAAGUAUUCCAGAUGAAGCCCUGUUGACGCAUGAAGUUGACAUAUAUAGACAAUUAGUUGAGAGUAAACCACAGACUGCCAGAAAAUCUGUUGGCAAAGAGAAAGUAGAUGAAAGUCCUUUAAACUCUUUAGAGGAGUGUAAUUUGUGGCAUAGACCCAAUAUAGGAUAUGAAGAAGAAGGAAUGAAAAUGUCUGCAAAAAUACUUAAUUUCAGCUGUACAAAAUGUAGAGACAAUAUUAGAUAUAGCCCGAAUGAUUUGCAGAAACAUUUUCAGCUUUUGCACUGUGGAGAGUUACCUUUAUAUCCUUGUGAGAUGUGCAGUUUUUCUGCAAAUGACUUUCAGUCAUUUAAACAACACAGACUUAUCCACCGAAGCACUUUAGUAAAAUGUGACAUUUGUAAUGAUGAGAAUGUUUAUACUUUAUUAGACUUAACGAAGCAUUUUACAGUUAACCAUUGUGUGAAUGGUAAUUUUCAAUGUGAAAAAUGCAAGUUCUCCACCAAGGAUGUUGGCACAUUUGUUCAGCAUAUUCAUAGACAUAAUGAGAUUCCCUAUAAAUGUAGUAAAUGUCAUCAUACAAGUUUCACCAAAGGAGAGUUUCAGCAGCAUCUCUUUGUUCAUUCCACUACUUUUCCCUUCAGUUGUCAAUAUUGUAACUAUAGUGCCGCUGGGAAGGACCAACUUCUAAAACAUGUUAUAGCUUUGCACAACGAUCAAUUAUAUGCAAAAGAUAAACUGGAAAAGGAAAAAUGUGAAAAAAGGAUAGUAAAGACUACAGCUGGACUUAAGCUUAUAUUGAGGCGAUACAAAAUAGGAACAUCAAGAAAGACACUUUGGAGACAGAAGAAAGAGAACAGUGGAAAUGACAGCUUUGUAGAAAAGAACACACAGGUGCUUAAAAAUACUAAUAAAAUUGAAGUUAAAUCUGAAGAACAGAAUAAUAUAUGGGAACAUAUGAAUGAAGAAAAGGAUGAAGUCAUACAUACUGAAAAGCAAAAUCAGAAGCAAGAUGAGUCAGAAUCAGAAACAAGAAACCUCUUACCUACCACUCAGUGUAGUAGACCUGAAGAGGGAUCAAGUUCUGGUUUUGGAUUUUUAAAGAAUGCUAUACAUGGACCCACAGUGCUGAUGAUGAAAAAUAAUAAAAUAUCGGUUCCUGCCAACUAUAGUGCUAAAUUUAUGGGGUUCAAGAUGGUAGAUGGAAAACAACACAUAGUUAUAAAAUUGUUACCUACCAAUAAACCGAACUCAUGUUCUCCAGGUCUCCAACUGGAUGUAACAAAGGACAACACUACUGAUUUGCAGCAUCAUAUAGCUGAAACCACUGGAUUAUCUACAGGUGCUACACUGCAUACAUCUGAUUUAAAUAACACAAUUUGCACUAACACAUCUAAUCCAUUAUUAUUUUCUACUCCUCUGUUUUCAGGGAAUUCACCAUCGGAAAAAGAAAAAGCUGUCUUGACUCAAGCUAGGAGUAAAUCUCAGACAGUAGGUGCUGAGAAAAGUACACCUCACUUGUCAACAAAUUCAGAAUCGACUGCAGCUCCUUUGAAUUUGACCACUAAAGUUAGAAUAAGUAAUAAUGUUGGAGCAGGGGGAAGUUGUGUUACUCAAAGCCCUCCUCAGGUAUUGUGUGCCACAGUUAAGAAUCCAGUUAACUUGGAAUCUGUUGAAGUAAAUUCUGUUGAACCAAAAGCACAACCUAGUGGGAUGUUGAAUAACUCCAGUAUUAAUGAUGUCAACUAUAUGCCAUCCUGUAAUCAAGGAUCAUUACCUUUUCAUAAUUACUCAAAAAUGGACAUUUUGGAUAACUCAUGCAGUAUUUCAGUGACAGCACAUGAAAACUCUGAUGAAUCUUCAUCAAGCAAAACAGCUGUACACCAAUAUAGUUCAAGAAGUGAACCAGUCUUGUCAUCAGUGGGGAGGAGCACAAAUCCAGAUCUCCAUCAAACAUCUCCAUCAAAGAUUUGUCAAACUUACUGCCCUUUAAACACUAAAGAUACUUUUGAACCUUUAAAAAACCAAUGUGAAGUUGACACAGAAAUUUUAGAAACAGUACAAAAUAUUGACACACAGACUCAUGCUGAUAUAAAUCAAGACUUAGAGAAUAUAGCUGAGAAAUCAGAUUGGGAGGAUGUCUCUUCUGCUGAUUCAUUCACAAUGCCUAAAAUCACAUCUGUUUUCUCACUACAGAGUGAACAGGCAUCUGAUUUUUUGUCACCUGAAGAAAACCAGUUGUUACAAGAUGUAUUGAAUGAAAAAUCAAGUGUGGAAAAGGACUCUGAUAUGACACCAAAUAAAGGAAUACAACUUCAUGAUGAGCCACUUUUGGAAAAUGAGGGAAAGAGCAACAUAACUGAAUGUUUUAAAGGGUUAGAAGGCCCUUGCACUUUACCCAUUUCAUCUGUUAAUGAGGGUAUUGGUGUACAUACAAAUGAUCUUAGUGCCAGCAACUGUACAACAAAUACAGAAAUAGAUUGUGGGAAAGAAAAACAAGUACUGUCAACACAAAAUGACUUGGGAGACUUUGAGAAAAUACCCAGAAUUGCUGGUGUUGGCACAUUAGUUAACACCCAGUCUGAUACAAUAAUAACUCAGCAGCUUGUAAAAGACAAAAUACAAGCUGCUCCAGGAAAUUCUAAUGGCCUAGGUUCUUUUCAUGUGCUGAGCCCACCAAUAAAUUCUGAACCAAAAAAAACAAUUUUAGUUCAGUCAUCUCCUAAAGGGUUUAUUUUACCUUUGCAUCUUGCUAGCAAAUCUGGAUUACAACUUGUUUCAGGAAAAAGUCUUUCAUCAACUAAUCCACCAGGUAUUUAUAUGACUCAAGGUAUACCAUCAUCUCUCCUUUUAAACAAGAAACCUGGAAUGAUUCUAAGGUUAAGUAAUGGAAUGCUUGGAAAUGUUGCCAACAUCACAGGUGAGAGUUCUCAAGUGUUUGGUGGAGUUGCAGCUAAGGAGCAUGACAAAACACCUUUAAGGGCAGAAUUAAAAAAGGAUAAUCCAACAAGUGUAAUUUGCCCUUCUACAUGUGAUAGUAGGCCUGAUUUGGCAGUUAGUUCAGAAAGUAGCAGGUCAUUUAAGGGAUCAUAUAUCAUUGGUAACCCAAUAGAGUCUUCGGUUAAUAGAAUUUCUUCUCAAAAUACAGAGCCUCGAUGUCAAGGCACUAAGUCACAUACUUUGGGUUCGGUAAAACAGCCAAGUGAAGCUCAACAGAAACAAUCUCUUUAUGCAUUGUUGCCUGAUGGACGGCAGGCAGUUCUCCUAAAAUGUGUGACUCCCAAUAAGUCGCAAAAAGGGCCAUCUGAUUUAUUACAGAGUAGCACUUAUGAUCAUCAAAAUCAUCAACCAAAGAAAACUGCAUCAACACAGCAAAAAAUACUGCUGAAAAUUAUUAAGAACCCUGCUAACAGUCAGUCAGUAAACAGUUCUGAGUCUUCAUUACAGUUAGACAUCAUACAGUCUAAUCAAACUUCCACAGCAAAGGAGAAACAACCAGUCUCUUCUAGUGAUGCCUUACUCUUAACAGAUAGAUUGAUGCCAGCAAAUGCAACUAUUGCAACUUCUACAGCAAUAUGCCCCAUGCCUCCUCAAGGGACAGUAUGUACCACCAACCAUCCAGAGACACAGUUAUUAAGGUGUCAGACAGAUGGUUCAUUUAGGAGUGGUUUCGGUCAUGGAAAAUCUACCAGAAGACAGAUUUCAAAAAUAAAAACUCACAUAAGACAUAACGCUUCUGAACCUAUGAUUACAUGUAAAAACAGAAACUUUGGACCAAAAUGUAGAGAGAAUUUCCAGGAAUGGCGUAGAAAAAAAGUAAUGUUGCAUAGGAAAAGUAAAAGAAAAACGAAAUCUGAAGAUUUUCAUCACACAUUUGACCUUUACAGACCAAGGUUUCCUAAGGAUACAGUUAGGACUUUGCGACUUUUUCCUUUCAGUUCUACACAACUUGUAAAAUGCCCUAGAAGAAAUCAGCCUGUUGUGGUUUUAAACCAUCCUGAUGCAGAUUCUCCAGAAGUGGUAAAUGUAAUGAAAACUAUUGCUAAGUUUAAAGGGCAUGUACUCAAGGUUUCAUUGUCAAAAAGAACAAUUCAGGCACUUCUGGAACCAGCAUAUUGUAAUAUUUCUAAAGCAAUUACUGAUGACUUUACUGCCAAGAGGCAUAAAGUACUUAAACCUGUGAAGGAAAGAUUUGUGUUAAAAUUAACUCUUAAAAAGACAAGCAAAAAUAAUUAUCAGAUUGUGAAAACUACCUCUGAUAAUACUCUGAAGGCAAAGUUUAACUGCUGGUAUUGUGGUAGAGUAUUUGACAAUCAGGAUGCUUGGGUGGGUCAUGGACAGCGACAUUUAAUGGAAGCUACUCGGGAUUGGCAUAUGUUAGAAUAAUUUACCUUGAUUAUUAAAAAAGAAAAUAAAAUUACUUUAAAAGAGUGAAUCAAAUUAUGAUAUACAGAUGUUUUCUAUUUCAGUGUAGCACCAGAAGUUAAGCUUUUAAAUAUUAAUUUUUUUUUGGAGCUGGUUAUAUUUUAAUGGAAAAGCAGAAUUGCAGCAUUUGAAAAUGCAACCACAACAUGCAUGCAUUUUGAAAUGAUACCACAGAUGUACCUUGGGGGUUUUUUGGUUUGCUUUUUUUUUUUGGUUUGUUUUUUGCAAGAAUAUGUUCUGGAAAGUUAAAUUAAAAAGAAAAUUUUGAAAAGUAAAUCUUUUCCCCCCAGUAAGUUAUAUUGAAAUAAUUUGGGAAUGUAUCAAAGUGGAGGUUGACAUCUCCAUCAAAACUGCUUUUGGCUGUUAUAAGUCCCGUAAAAUCUGGAAAGCAUUUCGCCUCUAAAUGUGGCACCAGUCUCCCCCAAGAAGCUCCAGUUUCUCUUCCUGGUUCUUCUCUCCAGGCUGCUUAUUCUCAGUCCAGAUUACUCAGAGACCUCUGGCACAGAGAAGAGUAUAAUCCUUAAGGCAGUGGGGUCCAAUAGAAAUAGCACUGGAUUUGGACUCAGAUCCCAUUCUCCAAUGACAGCUCUUCUGCCAGUUAGUGUCUGUUAGUGUCUGUGUGACUUUUGGCAAGUCGCACUGGAUUUCAGAUUGCUAUAAUGAGAAGGAUGUGUGUGUGUGUGUGUGUGUAUGUAUCAUGACCCCUAAGGUCCUUUUGAGUUGUAAUCUGUGAUCCCUCUAAAGGAAAUCAAUUGACUGGAUAGUGUGUUUGACUUAGUUAACUCACUGCAAUUGGGAUACCACUGGGUAUCUGAAUUUUGUACAAGAGAUGUCUGAAUAGAUCUGUAAAGCAAAUCACGCAUUUCUUUUCCUGUUAAGGUUUACGUUACUGAGAUACGCCUUGUGAUGGGUGAGGGUUGACACUACCUUUAGAGGGACUAUACAGAGAUGAUCUAAAGGCUAGUAUUGAGCUGUAUAUGAAGGCUGGAACAGAAACAAGGACAUCUCUUCUACAGUCCAAGUGUAGAGAACCUUGUGGCAGAGCUGGUGGCAGAUUUCUUUUGACAAAUACAUUUCCAGAGUUUCCAGGGAACUCUGUUGCUUACCUGAUUUAGAUGCCCUCUGCCAGUCUAGCUGUUUUUCUUCUGAAUAUAAAAUCCAUAAGUAGGCACUUCUCAGGGAAAAUUUGUUUUUCUGGAUUAAAAAAAAAUUAAACAGUAACAAUCCAGUAAUCUCAGAGCUCUGGGGUGAAAAACCUGUCCCAUUUUCAUGACCGACAAAACAUCAUCCUUCAUUUUUCACACAUGCCUCCAGUGAAGUGGCUUUCAUCAUAUUUAGAGGACUGGAAAUCCAAAGCAGAACAGCUGAUUGGUGUCAGGGAGGUAGGGAGACCGCAGUAGUGGAACUUUAAACAGUGGCAGAACUCAGGACAGCUUGCUAGUGGAUUCCUCGAUAAUAGACUUAAAAUGAAGUUGCUGCACCGAAGAAUCAAAGACAUAAAAUUUCUGCUUUACAAAUGUGGUUCGACUUUUCUUGCGUCUUUGUAUAAUGGAGCUCAUCUGUACUAUAAAACUACAUAAUGUAAGAUUUUUUUGUUACAUGGUUACUAUAAGUGUUAUAUAUUUUUAUUAUUGAUUGGAAUAAAUCUUCAGGGCUUCUCUGUACAAAACUAAGAUUUUAGACAUGUACAUAUUUUUGUAUAUGGCUUAUUUGCUAUAAACUCUGCACAGAAAAAUUUUGGCCUAAAAAGUUUGUUUUAUUUUAGUUCUGGGCAUGCACUAAUAAAACUGGUUGUAAAAUUUAAAAAAUAUAUAUACAGAGCUUUUACCAGCAUUAUUUUCUUGGUCUAAAUUUUAGUUUUAUUAAUUUUUUUUUUGUAAAUUUGUUUUUCAGGGAUAUGAACACUAUUGUUAGCAAGUGCCUAAAAGAUGUGAAACAGUUUACAUAUAUCAACUGUAACAAAAGGUCCAAAAUGGGCCAUUUCCCCAAGAGGUUUAUUUUAAAGAAAGCCAUAUGUAGAUGCUUUAAGCUAUCUUGCUAUGCACAUGACACUUGUAUUAUUUCUGUGCAGUUUGUCUACUUUCUUAGUGAAGUAUUUUUCAUAUAAAUAAAACCUGUUACAAUUGUGUUUAUUAAAUUGAGCCUACGAAUGGAAUCAAUUGGAAGCGUACAGUAUAUAUUCAUAAUGCGUAAUGGUGUUAAUUCAAGAAUGGUAAGCAUUGCUAAUUUUUGUAAUGACUUUCUCUUUAAUUUUAAAUUUAUCUUAAAUUGUGUUUACACAAAAAUUUUAGUCUACUGUAUUAAUAUCUAAUGACAACUUAAUGUUGUGCAUUUUAAAAGACUUAGUUUUUAAAACCUUUUAUGCCAGUACUUAUACAUAAUAAAGUAUGAUUUUAUUCUAAAGAUUAGAGAUUUAUUUCAGAGUGGUAUGUGACUUUAUCCCCAUUUGCUAGGGUUAUUUUUCUAGGACAAACUUUGUAAGGCUCCUUAUUUCUUAAUAGGCUAGCCAAUAUGCUUACCAUUCCAGUAGCUGCUGCCAAAGUGAUUUGUCUUAGGGUUAUUCCAGUGAUAGAUAAUUGGAGAGGUAAAAGAAAGCACAGUCCAGUUAACAUUCCUGUUAAAAUAACAGUAUAAAAGUCUUAAAUGGUUGAGUGAUAAUAAAUACAAAUAAUAAAUACAAAAAGUUGUGAGAUCCAAGAAAUCUGUCACUUUGGUGCUACACUUAUAUAAGUUCAUCGUCUUCCCUGGCCUCAGUUGGACUCUUACCCUGACUCCCUCCAAUGUCAGAAGCUUCUUUGCUCAGGCAAGUUUAGAUUUUUGGCUACAGAGUAGCCAAGUCAGGAAAAUUUGUCCUUCAGGUGGGAAACAUCAUUAGCCUAAUUGGGCCAGUUGUAGUUAGGAGCUCCACUACUCUUGUGGCCUGGACUAUUUUUUUCUCACUAGGAAAUCUUGUUAUAAGUUUCUUUCACAAUUGGAGCAAAAAAAUCCCAUUGGGCCGCUUUUGUCCUUUUUGCUAUAUUCUCUCUCUCCUUAUGGCUCACACUGAGCAGGUACAAUCAAACAUUUCCAGGACAAUCUUCCAGUUAGAAUUUUUGCUUUUGCCAACACAUAUUUAGGUAUUAACUUCUUUCUUACAUAGCUGUUGCUAGUCAAUGAAUGGGCCUCAGGUGUAUUUUGGCUUCUUUCCACUCCAUUUUUUUUUUUAAAAGAACCUCUCCUUUGGAACAAUUUGAACAUAGAACAAUUUUUUUUUUUAAAGUCUGAUGGUUUUAUUAUAGGUCAUAAUAUGUUGUAGUGAUUUGUAUUGUUCAUCAAUUCUCAAACUAUGACAGCAUUUUAAAGCCCCAAAUUGUGUAAAGUGCUGUGAUAUGCUAGGGUUGCAAAAUAAAACUGAUAGGCAUAAACAGGUACAAGAUUUAUAUAGAGAACAAAAAAUGGUAAGUGAGAGGAGAGUAUAUUCCAGACACACCAGAGUAGGGAGGAAUUUCCAUGUUGGAGUACAGUUAGAUUGAACUGUAUGUAGGAGUCAACAGUCCUAGUGUUUUGUCAUAAUUCUGCCACUAGCUGUGUGACAUUCGUCAUUGUCCUAGGCCUCAGUUUUAUGUAAGAAGUGGAGGUUGAAGUUAAUUGUCUUUAAGGUGCCUUCCAGCUCUAAAAAAUUCUAUACUUUUCUGGUGAAUGUCUCCUGUUUUCACUCCCACUAAAAUGUAAUUAAGGAAGAGAGUAAGAUUGGGACAAAUGGAGAAUAACUGGGAUUUACAGGCUAUGUUAGGAUAGAACUGGGAAAAAUAGGGAUCUUCUGUAAUUUGCGAAGACUUCUCA